UUCAGAGUCACAUUCUUUUCCUUUCUUAUCCAUUUCCAUCCAUAGUCCAAAAUUUUCAACUCAGCACCAGUCUCAAAAAAACCCAACGUACAUACAGAGAGAGUGAAAGCGAGUGAGAGUGAUGCUGUUUCCACUGCUUCAGCCAUUAGCCUGCAUUUAUCCAUGGCAGGGCUGCGAUGUAGCUCAAAAUUUUAAGAAAAUAUAAAGAGGAAACAAGGAAGAAGGAUAAAGAUGGUGUUUAAGGGGAGAUUUUUCUCUUCCAAAAAAUCCGACACUUCAAGCAGCGAUGGAUCCUCCAACUGUCCUAGAUCUACAGUUUCAAACUCCAGUUCCCCAAUUGGAUCCGAUAAAAAGAAACCUAAAUCAUCGUUCAAAGAUAAAUCCACUGUAGCCAUCACUCGCACUUCCACACCCACCAGCAGCAGCAAAAACGAAAAAAAGGAUUCAAAAUACAAAGAAGCUCAAAAUUUAAGUAGAUCCAGUUCCGGAAUAUUGGGUUCUUCUUCUUCUUCCAAGUUGAAUAAAUCCGAGGAGGCGGCAGCAAGUCCUAAGUCGGCGUCGGUUUCUCCACUAGUGGCAUCGUCUUUGGGUUUAAACAAGAUAAAGACCCGAUCGGGGCCGUUGCUACAGGAGAGUUUCUUAAGUUUUGGGAGUAGGGAUAAGGGGGCUUCGUUGGGUUCUAGUAACUUGUCGAAGCCACUUGGUGGUAGCGGCGACAUUGGUGGUGGUGUUGAUGGCGGUUUGAGUUUGGGGUCUGGGAAGGAGGUGAAGUUAUUGGUGGAAAAUGCUGACAGUCGGAACCAUUCGGAUAACACAUCGAUGGAGAGCGGACCAUCACGGGACCAGAGCCCGCACGUGGUCCAGGCCCAGGUUCGUUCUCGCCUUCAAAAUGGGGAGUCAUCUUCUGAAACUGCUGGUCGAUUCAAUGCAUCAUGUGGUCAUUCUGGAGGGGUAAGGAGUUCAGAUGCAUGUACGCCUGAGAUAAAGGCAUCAUAUGAUUGUGAGAACCCGAAGGAGUCUGAAUCUCCCCGUUUUCAAGCUAUACUCCGUGUUACAAGUGCUCCCAGGAAGAGGCUUCCUGGUGAUAUCAAAAGUUUCUCUCAUGAAUUGAAUUCCAAAGGUGUACGACCAUACCCAUUUUGGAAGCCUCGACGCUUAAAUAAUCUGGAGGAGGUAUUAACUAUGAUAAGGACAAAAUUUGACAAGGCAAAGGAAGAAGUGGAUUCUGAUCUGCAUAUUUUUGCAGCAGACCUGGUUGGAAUUCUGGAAAAGAAUGUAGAAAGUCAUCCAGAAUGGCAGGAGACUUUAGAGGACUUGUUGGUUUUGGCUCGGAGCUGUGCCAUGACAUCUCCUGGAGAAUUUUGGCUUCAGUGUGAAGGCAUAGUUCAAGAUUUGGAUGAUAAGCGUCAGGAACUUCCUAUGGGAAUGCUUAAGCAACUUCAUACUCGAAUGCUUUUCAUUCUCACGAGGUGCACAAGAUUGUUGCAGUUCCACAAGGAAAGUGCGUUCACUGAGGAUGACCAUGUUUUUCAGCUCCGGCAAUCACUACAGCCUGCAGAUAAACAUGUUUCUCAGGUUGUGGAAAAGGAUAAGAAUAUUCCUAGUGCUUCAAAAGCCACGAAGACACCGUCUGCAAGAAAAUACUACAGUCAAGAACAACAUGGAUUAGAGUGGAAAAGAGACUAUGCUGCAAAAGGAAAUUUUCAACCCUCACCUGCUGGCACUGCAAACGAGGUAGAUUCUACUGCUAGUGGGAAUCAGAUGGCUUCUUGGAAGCAAUUUUCUUCUUCUUCUAGAAAAAGUCCCAAAGACGCUGCUUCAUCGAAGGAACAGAAUGACAAAAUCAUGGAAGCUUCGAAACUAUUAAACAGCAGGAGAGGAAAUCAUGAUGCCGUUCUGGCUACUGCUAAUGCUAAUGUUAAUGUUACUGAGCUUCCUCCUGCUAAAGAUUCUACUGGACAGUCUGCCAUGCCCUCCAAGCACCAACAUAAAGUUUCCUGGGGCUACUGGGGAGAUCAGCCAGGCAUUGCUGAUGAAAGCUCAAUAAUUUGUCGCAUUUGUGAGGAGCAGGUUCCCACUUUGCAUGUGGAAGACCACUCUAGAAUUUGUGCAAUUGCUGAUCGAUGUGAUCAAAAGGGUUUAAGUGUCAAUGAACGCCUACUUAGAAUUGCUGGAACUCUUGAGAAGCUGAUGGAUUCAUUUUCACAGAAGGACUUCCAACAUGCUGUUGGAAGCCCAGAUGUCGUCAAAGUAUCAAACUCAAGUGUGACAGAAGAAUCGGAUCUUCUUUCUCCAAAACUCAGUGAUUGGUCUCGUAGAGGCUCAGAAGACACGCUGGAUUGUUUUCCAGAAACAGACAAUUUCUUAUUCAUGGACGAGCUCAAGGGUUUGCCUUCCAUGCUAUCUAAAACUCGCUUUGGUCCAAAAUCGGACCAAGGAAUGACAACAUCAUCGGCAGGAAGCAUGACUCCUAGGUCACCAUUGAUGACACCAACAAUGAGCCAGAUAGACUUGCUUUUGUCUGGGAAAGGUUCUUUCUCUGAACAUGGUGAUCUUCCUCAGGUGGGGCAAGUAUGUGGUCUAUCAGUACCGAGAGUGGCCUCCACCACCAGAGACCUAAAAAGGAGAAUAUUUUGCUUCAUGUGCAAAGCCCUAACAGACGUUAUACAUCUUCCAAAAUUUCCAUUUUAUUUUUUGUUGACAGAUGGAUCUUAUAUAUAUCGCACAAUGAAGUACGAAAUGGGUGGAUAUCUAUAUGUUUCGAAAUCUGCACAUCUGAUGAAUGAACUCGCUGAUAUAGCUCGAUGUGUAGCAAAUGCACCUCUGGAUGAUGAUCGCUCUUUGUCAUACCUGCUUUCUUGUCUUGAAGACUUGAAGGUUGUCACAGACCGUAGAAAAUUUGAUGCCCUCACUGUGGAGACUUUUGGAGCACGUAUAGAGAAGUUGAUAAGGGAGAAAUAUUUGCAAUUAUGCGAAUUAGUUGAUGAUGUAAAGGUUGAUAUAUCAAGCACUGUAAUUGACGAAGAUGCUCCUUUAGAUGAUGAUGUUGUACGUAGCUUGCGAACUAGUCCUUUACAUUCUACUAAAGAUCGGACCUCAAUAGAUGACUUUGAGAUUAUAAAACCAAUCAGCCGUGGGGCAUUUGGCCGGGUUUUCUUGGCAAAAAAGAGAACAACAGGGGAUCUGUUUGCGAUAAAGGUUCUUAAGAAGGCAGAUAUGAUAAGGAAGAAUGCUGUUGAGAGUAUUUUGGCUGAACGUAAUAUAUUGAUCUCUGUUCGCAAUCCUUUUGUGGUUCGUUUCUUCUAUUCAUUUACUUGUCGAGAAAAUUUGUAUCUUGUAAUGGAGUACUUGAAUGGCGGAGAUCUGUAUUCAUUACUGAGAAAUCUAGGCUGCUUAGAUGAAGAUGUUGCUCGAGUAUAUAUAGCUGAAGUUGUGCUUGCAUUGGAAUAUUUGCACUCUCUGCGUGUGGUUCAUCGUGAUCUAAAGCCUGAUAAUUUGUUGAUUGCACAUGAUGGUCAUGUCAAGUUGACGGACUUUGGGCUAUCUAAAGUUGGUCUCAUCAACAGUACUGAUGAUUUAUCGGGUCCUGCUGUUUGCGGAACAUCCCUAAUGGAAGAUGAUGAACCUCAAUUGUCUGUAUCUGACCAUCAGCAAGAAAGGCGCAAGAAACGCUCUGCUGUGGGUACACCAGACUAUUUGGCACCUGAGAUUCUUCUAGGAACUGGGCAUGGCUUUACUGCCGAUUGGUGGUCUGUUGGUGUCAUACUAUUUGAGUUGAUUGUUGGAAUUCCUCCUUUUAACGCUGAGCAUCCUCAGAAAAUAUUUGAUAAUAUUCUCAACCGCAAGAUACCUUGGCCACAGGUCCCUGAAGAAAUGAGCCCUGAAGCACAUGACUUGAUUGAUCAGUUACUGACAGAAGAUCCUAAUGAGAGACUUGGAGCAAGAGGAGCAUCUGAAUUGAAGCAGCAUCCAUUUUUCAGAGAUAUUAAUUGGUACACGCUUGCUAGACAAAAGGCUGCUUUUGUCCCUGCCUCUGAGAGUGUACUGGAUACCAGUUACUUCACCAGUCGUUUCUCCUGGAAUCCUUCGGAUGAACAGGUCUAUGCAGCUAGUGAAUUCGAAGAUUCAAGUGACAAUGGUAGCAUGAGUGAUAUCAGCAGUUGCCUGAGCAAUCGGCAUGAUGAACUGGGAGAUGAAUGCGGUGGUCUUGCGGAAUUCAACUCAGGCUCUGAUAUCAAUUAUUCCUUCAGCAAUUUCUCGUUUAAGAACCUGUCCCAGCUUGCUUCUAUCAACUACGACUUGCUUACCAAAGGUUUGAAAGACGACCCACCGACAAAUUCUAGUGCAUAAAUACGGGAACCCUUCUGUGUGUACACCCUGUAAAUGUAUGAUCUUCAUUCGUUGAACUUUUUACUAGGUAACGGACUAUAUUCUAUGACUAUAUAAAUCAACACACACAGCUAGUUGUUGAUUGCAGACACAGAAGCAGCUUAAAGACUGUUAUCUUGGGGGAUGUAGUACUGUACGUGUCUUAUUUAUACACACUUUGUCGCAGUUCUUCAAUUGUAACGGUUAAAAGAGUUGUUAUAUUUGGUUUGAGGCCGUCAAUGUGUGUUGUAAUAUGCACAGCUCUGUAAUUUUGUUUCUUCUUCAUAGCAAUGAGAACAAAUGCCUUUGAUUACUUUCUGUA